CUCCCAUCACGUGAUCAUCACUGGCGUCUUCAGUCAGCGCCGAACACAUGAAAACAUCACAUUUCUUCUUAUUUAUUUGGUUUCAUCGUCUUAAUUAGUAAUAUUCGCUGUCUUAAAUAUUGAUAGAUACGCAAUAUAUUCACACGGUUGUGCCGUGAAGCGUCUUUUUGCAUAUGACAAGUGUUUUGUAAGCGCUUAUUGCGGGUGCUUCAUCUCAUCUGUGCUUGUUUCCAUAGAAACGAGUAGUGCUAACGGAUGCUAAGCUGAAAAUAUAACGUUACAUCUCUGAGCGUCCGAUUAUGGAUGAUUUCUAAUGUUAUGGAAGCGAUGUAACUCAUCUGUUUGGCCCAAGUUAUUGAAGGAGAUCACCCAUAGAGAAGAGAUCACACAUCCCGAGGAGCGAUGUCUCAGUUCUCCAGCGAGGAUGAGGCAGAGCUCCAGACCCUGCUGCGAGAGCUCCUGAAAAGUGUCAAAGACAGAAUCUCAGGAGCACCAUCGGUAGAAUGUGCCGAAGAGAUCUUGCUUCAUUUGGAGGAAACUGACAAGAACUUUCACAACUAUGAGUUUGUGAAGUAUCUGCGGGAGUAUGUGGAGAGCAGUUUGGGAGCGGCUAUUGAAGAAGAGACUGAGAAUUUUACCAGGGGUGAUAGUCAUGCUAUUGGGUCCGGACAGGACAGUCUGGUUCACUCUGUUACCAAGAGGACUAGGGAGUCCACACAGUAUAAACAGAUGAUGCAGACUCUGAAACAGACCAUGAUGGUGGUUGUGGAAUCACUAAUCAAUAAAUUUGAGGAAGAUCAGCUUAAGAAAGAGGAAAUGGACAGGAAGAUCCAACAUGAACAGUCAAGCAACCAUUACACUGACAACUGCUCUGACAGUGACUCUUCAUUCAAUCAGAGCUAUGCAUUUAUCAAACAUGAACAAUUGCAAGUCAUCGCUGAGAAGCUUGACCCCGGUAGACCACGAGAGGUUCGCUGGGAAGCUUUGCAGUCUCUGUGCUAUGCCCCUCCCUCUGAUGUCUUGAGCUGUGAAAGCUGGACUGGUCUGCGCCGAAACCUCUCUGCUGCACUCACUGACCCUGACCCUGAGCUCAGCGAUAAAGUCCUCCAGUUUUUUGCAAAAACCUUUUCGUCUUCUCCAUUAAAUGUGACCAAGGAUAUCUACGCUAGCAUUGCAAAAAGCUUGGAGGCUCAUUUCCUGUACCACAAGUUGAGUUUUCCCAGCGGUUCUUCAAGUAUUGAUGCGAACAGACCAGAUAUGGCUCGUCUCCUUAAACAGAUGCGAUUAAUGAACGACUUUCAAAAGGAAGUGACAACAUUUUGGAUACGACAUCCUGAGAAGUACAUGGAGGAAAUAAUUGAGAACACCCUCUCUCUUCUCGCUCUGCAUUCUGAACAAGGCAUGAGCAGUCCCGGCUCAGAGAAAUCCCUAGAGCCUAUACACUUAAUCUCUCUGCUGGAUAUCAAAGCCACCUGGUUCAAGAAAUGGAUGCAUGGCUACUACAGCAGAACCGUCGUCUUAAGACUUCUUGAGAGGAAAUACAAGUCUUUGAUUGUUAAUGCUCUGCAGCAGUGCAUUUAUUACUUCGAUUCCUGUGAUUCAGUAAGAGAGGAAAUUAUCCACAGCCUGGAACAUCAGCAGAUUGGCCCUGCUCGGAGAACUCUCUACACUUCUAAAGAGCUGGAGUUUGUUUAUUUCGUUCACUCGCUGUGUGUGCUCGGGAGGCUUGUGAUGUACACUAAUGGAAGGAAACUUUUCCCCAUUAAAGUGAAGAAGCGGAGAGAUCCGGUAACUUUGACCGACUUGGUUGUGAUUCUGAUCAAUAUCAUAUACCAACACCCAAAACCGUCCUGUGGCGAGACACCGCAUGCAGACUCCCUGUCUCCCACUCAUCUUGUGAUGGAGGUGUUAAGGACCCUGUGUGACCGCACUGAGUGUGCUGUGGAGUGUCUCUACCAAAUCCCUGUUAUAGAGACUCUGCUGGCUCCUGUUAUCACCCUGCUUAAAGGAAAGCUGCCUAAAUUAAAUUCCCUAGAAAGUGCCCUGACUCACAUAGCAGACACCCUGGCGAGGAUCGCUACCACUGAACGAGGUUUAUCACUCCUGCUUUAUGACAGAAAUCUCGUCUCGGCCGAGGGUGAAAGUAUUUCAGCUGCACAUGUGGUUGUGCAGUUUACUCAGAGGCUGUUGGCAAAAGAGCUGCAUGUGUUCAGUGAGCUGGAGAUUUCUACUGCUGUGAGCGGGGCCUUUAUCUUCGUUUGUCGGCAAAUGUACAACACCUGCGAGGGGCUGCAAGUUCUACGGCCAUACACCCUGCAUGAGUGCAUCGCUAAAGCCUGGAGAACGACAAGCUCAAUGUCAGAGAGAGUUCCCACUCCUGUUCCCGGAGCUCCCCCAGUGCUGGCUACCCAGGAGUUGCAGAGCAUGGUUGCCUGGGAAGAGAUGCUGUUGGACAACCUGCUGAAUUUUGCUGCCACACCAAAAGGACUGCUACUCCUCCAACAGACUGGAGCCAUUAACGAGUGUGUCAGCUACAUGUUCUCUAGAUUCACCAAAAAACUACAGGUCAGCAGGUGUGAAAAGUUUGGUUAUGGUGUGAUGGUGACCCAGGUGGCUUCCACAGCUCCAGGAAUUGUGGCCUUGCAAAGCUCAGGAUUUUUCCAGACAAUCGUGGUGGAGCUGUGGUCAGCCUUGGAGUGUGGUCGAGAGGAUGUGAGGGUGGUCCAUCCGAAAUCUACUCCGAUGGACCCUAUUGACAGGAGCUGCCUCAAGUCCUUCUUGUCUCUAGUCAAUCUGCUUUCUUCACCUCACGCUGUGUGGGAGCUGCUGGGACAUCGAACGCUUCCUAACAAGACAGAGUACAAUCUGAGGGAGAUGGCCACAUCAGUUUUAGACCUGAUUGACCGCCUCAUCAUCAUUAACUCUGAUGCAAAGAUUCACUCCCUUUUCAACUACGAGCAGUCCCACACGUUUGGCCUGAGGCUCUUGAGCGUGCUGUGUUGUAACCUGGAUUCUUUUCUUCUGCUGGAGUCUCAGUAUAACCUCACCGAGUUACUGCUCCAGGGUCAGAAGGACAAUGUCACAGAGCCGCCAUCAGGUGAAGGGGAAUUCAUCAUCGAUGGACUGUCUGUGGAAAGAAACCAUAUCCUUGUUCGAAUCUGUUCAGUUGGUGGGCCGUCAGAGAGGAGACUUCCUCGCAGAGGCCUGGAGAAGGGAAGUGACCCUUACCCAUGGCCAAUGGUGUUUACCUACCCACUGCCCAAGUUUUACACCCUUGACGUGCCCAAGACUCUCCGCACCAAACAGGAGUCAGAGAUCGGUGCUUUCUUGGCUUCAUCUAAAGAAAAUGAGAGAGAUGCUAGCUGGAUGGAUGACUGCCGGAGACAGUUCUGCAAGAUCAUGUCUACAAAGUCAAACACUCUGACUGGAUACGUACUUGCUGAUCUGUUAGAGAAGGUCGUGCUGCAUCUCUCUUCUUCAUCUACCGACUGCUUCUUUCCACCGGCUGAAUAUAAAGUGGUGGACCACAGUGUAAAGACUCGAAGCCUGUCUUCUGUGGAGCAGUUAGGUGUGGGGAUAUCCCUCAGGUAUGGAAAGUUCCUGAAGCUAUUGAGAGAAGAUUCAGAACAGGAUCUGUGUCUUUUGCUAAAGCACUGUCAGGAGUUUCUGUCUCAGCAACGAGUCAAGGUCACCUCUGAGCUCUCCUAUUUUCAGGGGGGUUAUCCUGGUCACGACUGGUUUGCCUCCACAGUUUUUUUGCUCAUGCAUGGCGAUGUGGGCCGUUCUCUGAGUCUGCUCUUGCGUUUCUCCCGUCUGUUGCCGUCUGCGUUCCUGUGGCCCCCGAGACUGCACAGCUCUGUGCAUCUCCCUAUAGAAAUUGCUCAAUCAGGAAUACAUCCGAUCUACUCCUGCACCGCUCAUUACGUUGAGAUGUUGCUCAAGGCUGAGGUUCCUCUGGUUUAUUCUGCCUUCAGGAUGUCUGGCUUCACUCCCUCUCAGAUCUGUAUUCAGUGGCUUGGCCAGUGUUUCUGGAACUAUCUAGAUUGGCCUGAGAUCUGUCACUAUGUGGUCACCUGUGUCAUCAUGGGACCAGAUUACCAGGUGUACAUGUGUGUUUCUGCCCUCCGUCACCUGCAGCAAGAGAUUCUGCAGCACACACAGACGCAGGACCUGCAGGUCUUUCUGAAGGAGGAACCAAUCCACAGCUUCAGGAUGAGUAAUUACCUGGAGUACAUGGAGGGGCUGGAGCGCAACUACAGAUCCAUGGUGCUCUCGGACAUGAGGAGCAUCUUACCAAGGAGCAGCUAGAAGGAAAUCUGAAGAUCAUCUGGACUGAAAGUGCUUGUGGUGAAGCAUCAUUUAGCAUUGAUGUUCAGGUGUCAGUCAUCGGAUACCUACUUACUGUGCAUUGAUGGACAUGCAAUCAAUCUGGGAGUCUUUGAAGAAUAUAUCACAAGCAUUAUCCAUCUCCAUUAAACUCCAGAAUCUCAAGGGGUGAGGGGAUGAAUCCAUUUUCUCUCUGUAUCAGUUCUAAUCUGGACUGAUUAGCGUGUGAUUAGAAUGCAUGACUUUAACUCUCCCUGUCUGCUAACCCAAAGCCCAGUAGCAUCAACGAUUGGUCAGUUACUUUCUACAGCAAAUGGAUGAGAUGGAGGAAGUCGAUUUCUUAUUCCUUGUGGAACAGAAGAGGCUUAAGGAUCAGGCUCAAACUAAAGACAGUUAGAACAGACAGACUUUGUGUGGAAAGUAAAUUUAUUAUGUUCAAAGUAGGCUCUGAAGAAAGAAAAUGAAGAGAAUAGCCAAGCCGAGGGGCAGAAGAUGAUUAAUACACGGGCAUAACUCAUCCAUUCCCUGUCAGAAGAAGCCAAUAAUUUAUAACACACAUUGUGUAUUGUAUACACGCUUUCUCAGUCAAGUUAGAGCCCCGCUUUUAUCGCACAACAUCAUACCUCCCAUUUUAAUAUCGCCACAUUGGAGUAGCACGACGGUGUCCUCUGGCUCAGCUUCUGAUUUAUUUAGAGACUACUCUUUUCAGAUAUUCUCUUUUCGCUGUGAUGUAACCCAUAAUGACAUCAGCACAAUUCCCCCUCAGGCCUACCUGUUGAGACCAUCAGGUUAAUUGCAAAAAGUCUCAUUAGCGUUAUCAUACAAGCAGCCAUUUGAAUUAGCAGAAACACAAUACUUACCAGAGCACAGAGGGUGUCCCAUGAAUCGAAUAUGAGAGCUUGAUGAUCAACCAGUGCAGAUAACCAACCCGGGCAAAAAGCAACAUUAUUCUUCAAUGUCUCGGUCUCUUUGAACUACAGGAACAGAGAUUGCAGAUAGUGUUUGAGUGAAGAUAUCACAGAAGAACUGUACAAUAUGUCAGUCAUGUCACAGAGGUGAGGCUCUUUUAUUGUGUCUUCUGUUGCUCUAUCAAUAGUGUAUAUCAAUCUAUCCAUCUAUCUAUUCUGUCUAUCCAUUCUGUCUGGUGUUCAUUUGUUAGUUCUGUCCGUUGUUCCAUCCAUCCAUCUAUACGGUAUCUAUCCAUUCUGUCUGUCGUUUGUUCGCUAGUUCUGUCCGUUGUUGUUCCAUCCAUCUAUCCAUCUAUACUGUCUAUCUAUCCAUUCUGUCUGUCGUUCGUUCGUUAGUUCUGUCCGUUGUUCCAUCCAUCUAUCCAUCUAUACUGUCUAUCUAUCCAUUCUGUCUGUCGUUCGUUUGUUAGUUCUGUCUGUUGUUUCAUCCAGCCAUCCAUUUAUACAUCUAUACGGUCUAUCUAUCCAUUCUGUCUGUCGUUCGUUCGUUAGUUCUGUCCAUUGUUCCAUCAUCCAUCCAUCUAUCUAUCUAUACUGUCUAUCUAUCCAUUCUGUCUGUCGUUCGUUUGUUAGUUCUGUCCAUUGUUCCAUCCAUCC